CAAGCAAGCUUACAACAUGCAGAGCAUCAAGAGGAACUUUCGUUGCAGGUCCCUCAAUAAUUUCUUUGACGCGUCAAGCAAGCUUACACUUCAAAGAAAUUGCUGGUUGAAUUGGUCUCUGCCAACACCCUCUCUAUCAUACUUUGUAUCAAACUAGUUUCUUUAACGCGUUCUUCAACACUAAUUUCUUUAACGCGUCAGUACUCUCCAAUAGGAACUUUCCCAUGCAAGGCCAUAUAAAAUGUUGGUCCCGCCUUGUCCUCUGUACACAUUCAAAGCAAACAUAUCUUCCUUCUAUCCCUUAGUGAUUCCUCAGGAGCCGUUUUUACCAUUCCUUCACCAACCAUCAACAAAUGGCUGAAGGCAUUCUCUUUGACAUUGCUGCACGAAUCAUUGAGAGCUUGGGAUCCCAGGCUCUCAAAGAGAUUGGACUGCUUUCGGGUGUAACAGAUGAGCUCAAGAAGCUCAAGAACACCGUUUCGACAAUCCAAGCUGUGCUUCUUGAUGCUGAGGAGCAACGGGCAGUGAACAACCAUCAAGUUAUUGAAUGGCAUGAAAGGCUUAAGGAUGUCGUUUAUGAAGCAGACGACUUGCUGGAUGGUUUCUCCACUGAAUGUCUGUUGCGAGAGAUGAUGACUCGGGAUAAGAUGGCAAAAAAGGUACAAAUCUUCUUCUCCAAAUCAAACCAGCUUGUCUAUGAUCUGAAAAUGGGCCCUAAGAUUAAAGCGAUUAGAAAGAAGUUAGAUGACAUCGCAGAUGACAGGACGAAAUUCCACUUCAAGGAACGCCCUGUAGAGAUAGAAGUCAGGGCUAGGGAUGAUAGUCAUUCCUUUGUACCCGAGGCAGAAGUUAUUGGUAGAGAGGAUGCCAAGAAGGAGAUCAUAGAUAUACUUCUUUCUUAUUCCAAUGUUAAAGAGAAUGUAGGAAUCCUUCCGAUUACUGGCAUCGGAGGAUUAGGAAAGACCACACUAGCUCAAUUCAUUUUUAAUGAUCUGAAAGUAGAUAAACAUUUUCAGCUAAAAAUGUGGGUGUGUGUCUCUGAUACUUUUGAUGUUAGAAAAGUUGUUGAAAAAAUGCUAGAAUCGGCAAUAAAACAGAAACCAGACAUUACUGUUCAAAUGGAUACAUUGGUGCAUGGUCUUCGAAAAGAAAUUGUUGGAAAGAAGUACUUACUUGUGUUGGAUGAUGUUUGGAACGAGGAAAGUGAGAAAUGGGAUAAAUUGAAAAAAUUGUUGAUGGGUGGUGCAAGUGGUAGUAGAAUAUUAAUAACUACACGAAGUCCAAAAGUUGCACAAAUUACCCAAACAAUUGGACCAUAUUUCUUACAGGGUUUAGACAGCCAGAAGUCAUGGUGUUUAUUUAAGAAAGUGGCAUUCGAGAACGGAGAAGAGCCAAUGAAUUCUGGAAAAGUGGAAGUUGGAAUGGAGAUUGUAGAAAAGUGUUCUGGUGUCCCACUUGUCAUCAAAACAAUUGGAAGGUUACUGUCCUUGGAAAAUUCUGAAGCAUAGUGGGUUUCUUUUAACAACAAUAAAUUGCAAAAAAUAAAAGAAGAUAAAAUCAUACCAACUCUUAAGCUAAGUUAUGAUCAACUUCCAUCACAUUUGAAACAAUGCUUUGCUUAUUGUAGUAUAUUUCCGAAGGAUUACGUGUUGAAGAAAUCAAAAUUGAUAAAUCUAUGGAUAGCAUAGGGGUUUAUCAAGCAAUCCAAUCAAAAUGAAUGUCUUGAAG